CAAUUUCCUUUUUCACACGUAAAGCUCCUUAAAAGCCUCAAUCCCACACAGCAGUACUAACCCCGCAUUUUCCCAUAACGCACAUCAUCACAAUCACAUUACGCAACCAACAUAUCCUCUGUGCCUCCCCUCAUAAAGGGUCGGCGCAGUUGUCAUCAAAUCAGAGAGACUUGGGCAAAAAGCCAUAAAACCCACAAAGCAAAAGCCAUAGAAUUGAAGGGGAAAAGGUUAGAGAGAGAGAGAGAGAGGAGAAGGAGAAGAAGAACAGCAGAGAUGGGUGUAACCCUUGAUGAGUUGAAGGAAAAGAUGGCUGAUUUUGCUAAAGAAAGGGAUUGGGAUCAGUUUCAUAGCCCCAGAAAUCUUCUCUUGGCAAUGGUAGGUGAGGUGGGAGAGUUGUCUGAGAUUUUUCAGUGGAAAGGUGAGGUCCCUAAGGGAUUACCUGACUGGGAGGGGGAAGAGAAGCAGCACUUGGGUGAAGAGCUAUCAGAUGUUCUACUAUAUCUUAUCAGGCUUUCUGACAUAUGUGGCGUUGAUUUGGGUAAAGCUGUUCUGAGAAAACUUGAACUCAAUGCCCUCAAGUACCCAGUCAACCUUUGCAAAGGUUCUUACAAAAAGUAUAAGCAUAUCCACAAUAAUGCAACAACUACCACCUCAACCAGCAUCAUCAAUGACAGCAAGAAUGGUGUAGCUGAUAAUGCUGUUUGAUCUUUCUUUGAUCUCAUGUCCUACUUUUGGCUUGUAGACUCUUCUUAGCUUUCUUUACUUGAUCUUCUUAGUUUGAACUAAUAUUGUAGUUGUAUUUUUCAGUGACAGAACUGCAUAUGUUUUGGUUUUUGGUUCUCCAUUAGACAUGAGUUAUGGUAGCUUUUCAUGCCCCUUUGUCCUCUUCUGGAUGUAUGGUAAUUUGUUUGUGCUCCCAAAUGGUACAAUGGUUCUUGUACCACUCUGUUAUACCCAAAAAACAGAAAAGAAGAAGAAGAAAAAAAAAAGAGAGAGAACCUUUUGCACA